AUGUCGAAUUCUCUACUGAGCCUGCUCAAUGCAGGCAGGAACAACGGCAACGCUGCUUCUCCGUCGGGCUCACAGUCUCAUUUUAGCUCGCCCAAGAUUGGUGCGGGUGCGAGCGAUGGGUCCACUAAGCCGUCACCAAGCAACACGGAUCGCUUAGGAAGUCAAGCAGCCGUACCUCAAGGAAGCAACAGUCCGUCCGGCGCUAGCAAGGAUGCUUCGUCCCUAUUGGCACAGCUCUUAUCGCCUUCCACCAUACCUGCUUCUCCGACAAGUCUGACUGCUACUUCGAGCACAUCAGCUACUCUGCCUACUAGCAUACAAGCUGGCCAGCGCCCAUCGUCUGCAUCUUCGCCACGAGGUCCAAGGGCGAGCGAGAGCGCCGCAAGCCUCCUAGCUCUUCUCAGCUCCGGUCCAUCUAGUCCUGGCAACGCGAAGAGCCUCGUUGCGAGCUUGGAACCUACGCCACUUUCACCGCUUGUCCCCUCUGCGUCUGCUUCAAAGCUACCGCUCACCACUCCGAACCCUGACACCGAUCUCGCCCUCCCCGUAUUAAAGUCCCAGCAGAAGGCCGAUCCCCAACCAACUGCUUUCGACGUCGCGUCGCCUUUCGCUUUGCUCGGCCAGAGCAAAAAUAUAGCGCAAACCCCUACCGAGACUGCUGCAAAGGGGGCCGUUGAGGGGCUGGAAGCUUUUGGAUCGCAGCUCAAGGCAAAGGAAGCUGGCUCAGAGGCGCCAUCGUCCGGACCUUCAUCCAAGCCAGUGAACGGCGCAGCUGCCGGGGAAGGGGUUGUGGAUCCGACGAUGAGCGCCUCAGCUUCUCUUGAGUCAUCGCAAAUGGCGUCGAAGCAGGAGCGCAAACCUCCAGCCGAGCCUGUUCGGGCCGGAGAGGUGCAAUCAAGACCUCUUGCUUUGGAUCACCUGAAACAGCUCCACUCCCAGUCAUCUUUUUCCUUGUCUUCGACCUCCGGCGCUCAGCUCCUCGCGUCAGAAGCAGGUGUCACUUCGCAUGUAUUCGAUGUAGAUGCAGUCCAGCCCUUAGGUCCGAACACGCUCCACCCAGCAAAGCUCGAGGUCUCCCCAAUAGCUCUGCUCUCUUCGCCUUUCAGCCGACCUUCACUCUUGCUCGGACACAAAAUCGCUGCAUUCGGCGAGAACGUUCUGUAUGUCAUGCCUGGUAAGGGACGCGCGCGACUUCUGCAUACCAGGACCGGAGCAAGGGCUCUCUUGCGGCUUGAUGGACUGGAAGGUGUGGCCGUGCAGGAAAUCGCAGAGCUAGGUUGGGUUGUCAAAGGAGGAGCACGUGGUGUGGAGACAGAACACGCAACGCUUGGCGUUUGGAAGGUGCCCAGAGACUUCGGUCUCGUCGAUGGAGCCUCUCCAACUUUGAUUCAGACGGUGAAUGUUCACGUGCAGGAAGCCAGCUUGAACAUGUACCGGCGAGGGUCUCCCGACGCUCCACCUUUACACUUGGUACCAACAGACACGUUGGCAUCGCCUCAAGCAGCUUUGAGCUCUGAGAACAUCCCAGCGAGCUCGCAAAUCGUGGCGACUUCGACUUCUGUGGACGGAAAGUACGUCUGCAUUCUGCGCCAAGGAUCGAAUGCACUACUCUCUGCGUGUGUCACAAGAGCUGAUUGGCUUUCGGCCAACUCGGCUCAUGCGCACGAAGCACCUCAUCUGGUGCUGCGACUGCCCCCGGGACUUGCAGACCCAGACUAUGUGGGCCUAGUUGGACCAGAGGCUCAAGAAGUUCGCUCGAUCGUGCUGGGAUUUGACGGAUGCAAGCGGAUAAUUUUGGUCGAUGUCAAGACCGCGAAGGUCCAGCUGCAAGUGAAGCUGAAAGGAGAAGAGUGGGCUUUCAGUCGCAUACAUCCUCGAGGAGAUGCGCUUUACCUUGCAAGCGCAAAGCGCGCUUCAAUACUGGUUCUUCCUUUGCGAUGGCCCGAAUCCGCCGCCGCCGAUGAGUUUGUUGAUGGAGGGGAGAGACAGCGGGAGCCCUUGCGCCUUGGUGAGCUGGUGGAGUAUGCCUUGCCGCAACCUUGCAUAUCUUUCGACAUAGUCAUCGCAGGCCAGAGCGAGCAGCUGGCUGCUGCUCACCCAGGUGGGAUUCAUCUAGUAAACUUGCCGGCGCUGUCCCCAUACGAGCCCGUUCCAGUUCUGAGCAGGCCAGUGGAGGACCGCGUGGCUACUAGUUCCACGCCAGCCGUCGCUCAGCCGGUCGACGUAUCCACAUCCUCCGGAAUCGCUCCAGACAUCGCUGACAUGGCGCAGACGGAGGACUGCACAUCGGCAACACCCAGCAUUGCAGCUCAGCCUGUCCCCUCUGAGGACCAACCUGCGAUUGCAGCUUCCGAGCCAGAUCUUCAGCCAUCGCUUGGCAGCGAUGACAGAGAAGCGCCAGCAGAAGAUCACGUCGCUCCGGUAUCCAGCCCUGGCGAGCCCAACACUCUGCCAGCUCUUGGGGCUCCUGCGGAGCAUAGAGACCAGAUACACGACCAUUCUGGAGUCGGUGCCAUUUCCAAAGACGUUGCUAAUCGUGAGCCGACGGCUCCAGACCCUGCAGACCUCUUCCGCGCGGAGCAGCCGCGAGCACAGGCGCCCAAAACGCCACCUGCUACCGGAGCGGCCCCCCGCACACCGAAGGGAGGCACGCAAGCUGCAAAAGCCAAAGCCUUGUCGUCCGUGCUUGCUCAAAGCACCACAUCACCGGACAGUAGCGUCCAGGCUGUCGAGAGUAGCCCGGCAUCCACGUCCCGCAAGAGUCGCAAGAAAGCGGCGCACGAGCGCGCGGCCAGCAAAGGAGCCUCUGCCGGGCCCAAAGAAGCGCUUCCGGCUUCUUCGACGUCGUCCGUUGCCACGCCGGACAAGGGACUCGCACGCUCGUUGCGCGAUAUGGAAGCAAACGUCGCGCCAGAGAGCUCAGCAAAUGUCACCGUGCCAGAUUUGGAGGCGCUCAUAAAGGAGAUGGAGCAGCGUUUGCUGGCCUCGCUAGAGCGAAACCAAAACGCGCACAAAGGCCUUACCAUCGGCCCUGAGUUCGUUCGGAGCGUCGUAGCAUCGCUCCUUCCGCAGAUCAGCCACAUCGUCAGCGAAAGCGUUAGGAUGCAGAUGAAUGGUUUGCUGCAGACCUUUCCGGCAGAAAUUCACCACAUGCUGUUGAGCCCACAGGUUGCAACGCAACUGGCUUCCAGCCUUGCGCAGAUCUUUUUUCCAACUUUCCAACGUCUCGGAAUCGACGUUGUCACCCACGCCUUGACACCUCGUCUGGAACAGAUUACGAGCCAGCUAGUCGACACCUUGCAAGCCGAUGUCCAAGCCGAGAUGACCGGUGUCAGAAAAGAAGUCGUCGCCCAGCAAUCGGACGCGAUGCUCGAUCUACAGAAGAGCGUCGACCGGAUGAGCAAGAAUUUGACACUGGUCACCGAUAAUGUGCAGAGCAUGGUCGAGGAGAAUGCUAAGCUUCGUGCUAGUCUCGACGACACUAGGCAGCAGCUAGAGCAAUCGAAUACCACAAUCGAGCAAUUGCGCCGAUCUCUGUCGCAAGGAGUGCCACCUCAACAAAUUCACAACGUCACGAGACCAAACGCACUCUUCAGCACCGCAGUCGCGAAUCAAAGGACUUCUUCUCCUCAUACCCCGCGACGUCUGCCGACGGCAAGCCAUUCGAUCUCACCGCAGCAUUACUACGUCACCUCUCCGCAUCAACCCAACCUUCAGCGCGAUUUCUUUCACUCACCAGCCCCGCCAAAUUUUACCACUCCAACGCCGGCUCAUCAGCCACUGGACAACAUGGAAGACUUGCUAAUUUCUGCACUUUCCACGCCCAAUGUUGAGGAAGACGUUUCUCCCGUGACUCGUUUGCUCGAGGGCCUGCCGGUGCCGAGCGAAAGCUUGUGGGAUCAGUCGACGAGUCGUUUAAGAUGCUCCAAUCCAGUCAUCUUGGCGCUUCUGCAUCGUAUCUCUACAUCUCUGGACAAGCGUGGCACGCCCUCUCCCCGUAUUGCUGCGCUUUGGAUGCUAGCUCUCUCCAUUGCUGUAGACCAUCGAAGUGCGGAUAUCGCGUCUUACUGGCAAGCUACCUCUCCCGCUAUCGAAUCGGCCGUCUCCGGUCUUGUCCGCCAAAACACGCACGCCACAGAGAUUGCCAUCAAUCAAGCGACCUUGGGGCUGCUCGCGAACAUGGCGUUGAAACCACGCACUGAGGACCUGUUGAACACUCUCAAGUACUUCGAGAAGACCUUCGAGUCUUUCGCGCCCGGGUCACCACGCGCCUCUCAGCGACCGCCCCGCAUUGGACCGAUGGCGGAGGAAUCUCCCGCUCUCGCGGGUAACGACGCGACCAUACAAGCCUUCCACAAUCUUUCGCGACGCGAUCCGACCAUCCUCGACGACCUGGCCCACAUACUCGCUGCUCAAAAUGGAUCGGGAGCGCAGGGAGAUCUGCGAGUCGCAUUGAUGGCUGCUCAGUCUGCGCGCCGAGGAGAGAGCGUUGCUCCGUCUUUGCUGUGA